AUGGCUACCACCCAGACUCUCCCUCCUUCUCCCAGCUCCGCCUUCGACUACAUCAUUGUCGGAGGUGGUACCGCUGGCUGUGUCCUGGCCUCGCGCCUGUCCACCUACCUUCCCGAGAGCAAGGUCCUGCUUAUUGAGGCCGGUCCCUCAGACUUCGACCUCAACAACGUCCUGAACCUCCGCGAAUGGCUCAGCCUUCUCGGCGGCGAUCUUGACUAUGACUACGGCACCACCGAGCAGCCCAUGGGCAACAGCCAUAUCCGCCACUCUCGCGCAAAGGUCCUCGGCGGCUGCUCUUCCCACAACACCCUCAUCUCCUUCCGUCCCUUCAGACAUGAUAUGGAGCGAUGGGUCGCCCAGGGCUGCGCCGGUUGGGACUUUGACACCGUCAUGCGCCACGUUGACAACUUGCGCAACCAGAUCCAGCCCGUCCACGCGCGCCACCGCAACCAGCUCUGCAAGGACUGGGUCAAGUCCUGCUCCACCGCCAUGGACAUUCCCGUCAUCACCGACUUCAACGCCGAGAUUGCUGAGAAAGGCCAGCUGACCCAAGGCACCGGCUUCUUCUCCAUCUCCUACAACCCCGACAACGGCCGUCGCAGCAGCGCCUCCGUUGCCUACAUCCACCCUAUCUUGCGCGGCGAGGAGCGUCGACCCAACUUGACCGUUCUGACCGAGGCUCACGUCUCCAAGCUCAUUGUUGAGAACGACGUCGCCUCCGGAAUUGUCCUCACCCUCAAGUCAGGCGAGAAGCACACCCUCAACGCUCGCAAGGAGACCAUCCUCUGCGCUGGCGCUGUUGACACGCCCCGCCUCCUCCUACACUCCGGCAUUGGCCCUCGCGCCCAGCUCGAGAGCCUCGGCAUCCCUGUUGUCAAGGACAUUCCUGGUGUUGGCGAGAACCUCCUCGACCACCCCGAGAGCAUCAUCAUGUGGGAGCUGAACCGCCCCGUCCCCGCCAACCAGACCACCAUGGACUCGGAUGCCGGCAUCUUCUUGCGCCGCGAGCCCACCAACGCCGCCGGUAACGAUGGCGAUGCUGCCGAUCUCAUGAUGCACUGCUAUCAGAUCCCCUUCACGCUCAACACCGAGCGACUUGGAUAUGAUGUCGUUCCCGACCGCUACGCCUUCUGCAUGACCCCGAACAUCCCCCGUCCCCGCUCCCGAGGCCGCAUCUACCUUACAUCCUCCGACCCCAACGUCAAGCCCGCUCUCGACUUCCGAUACUUCACAGACCCCGAGGGAUACGAUGCCGCUACUCUUGUGUACGGUAUUAAGGCUGCCCGCAAGAUCGCUCAGCAAGACCCCUUCAAGGGUUGGCUCAAGCGCGAGGUCGCCCCUGGACCUAAGGUGCAGACCGAUGAGGAGAUUAGCGAGUACGCCCGACGCGUUGCGCACACCGUCUACCACCCCGCCGGCACCACCAAGAUGGGUGACUUGGCCCGCGAUGAGAUGGCUGUGGUGGACCCUAAGCUCAAGGUUCGCGGCAUUGGCAAGCUGCGCAUUGUCGACGCCGGCAUCUUCCCCGAGAUGCCUACCAUCAACCCCAUGGUGACGGUCCUGGCUGUUGGAGAGCGUGCUGCGGAGCUCAUUGCCAUGGAUGAGGGAUGGAAGCUCGAGAACCGGUCCCGCCUGUAA